AGCUUCGCACUGUUGCUUAGCUGUUUUUCAGAAUUGUUUUGGUUGUUAACGACAUUGGCACGGCGAUGGGCGACGAGCGGUCUGUAAGUGGGUCGGGGUCUGGCUCCAAUUGCGAGACCUUAGACGCCGUCACACGGCAAGAAGAAGAUGAAGAGCAACAACAACAACAACAACAACAACACCAGAAAGAACAGCAGCAGCUGAGUAUAAUUUGUGGCUAUAGCCAACACAUGCAGCCUCUCGCAGCGGAUGGUGGUGCGGGUGGUGCAGCUAAGAGCUCGCAGCUGUUGUCCCGCGCUGAUUGGGGCGCCCGCAUGCCAAAAGAGGUGAAUUAUUUUGAUGGACCCGCACCGUAUGUCAUCAUACAUCACUCGUAUAUACCCGCCGCAUGUUCCACUACGCCGGAUUGCAUGCUCAGCAUGCGUCAAAUGCAGGACUUCCAUCAAGUGGAUCGCGGCUGGAACGACAUUGGCUACAGCUUUGGCAUCGGCGGCGAUGGUCUGAUCUAUACGGGUCGCGGUUUCAAUGUUGUUGGCGCCCAUGCGCCCAAAUAUAAUGACAAAAGUGUGGGCAUUGUACUCAUUGGCGAUUGGAGAACUGAACUGCCCCCCACUAUCAUGUUGCGAGCCGCACAGGAUUUGAUUGCCUUUGGUGUUGCCCAGGGCUACAUAGAUCCAUCCUAUAAGCUGCUGGGACACCGUCAAGUGCGGGACACCGAAUGCCCCGGUGGCCGGCUGUAUCAGGAGAUCUCGACAUGGCCGCAUUUUACGCAGCUCAACAAAACUGUCGAGGUGCAGCCGGUGGCUAACAAGGUUUAGGCCCAAACCCAAACGCUAGUUUAACUUAACGAGUGUCUCUAACCCAGACAGACAGAGAGACGCCUAUACACAGUAUUUGAUAAGAUAUAGAAAGAGAAAGAGAGACAAAUAAAAACU